CGCCUGUUCCCCACUCUGUCCUCGCCAUGGCGCCGUGUCUCUGCUCUCUCAGUUACUGAAAGUGGCCGCCUCUCUGCUGCUACCGACUCACGGUCUCUCUCCUCGCUCACAAGCGCCAUUUUGGAGACAGAGAGCUGCGAGUCGGCUGCAACAGAGACAGAGCGAAAACGGCGGACACGGGGGACAAGUGAUCGCCCUCCGCCGGGCGCCAAACCUCUACCUAUGGCCUCAGGGCAGGAUGGCGUGGGAAACGCCACAUGCUCAAAGUUGGCCAAACCACUUCACCUGCAGUACCUGGAGCGAUCCCUCCGUCUAGACACCUUUCUUAGGCAGACUGCUACAGUUUUUAACCAGAACAUUUCCAGCGAUGACAGUGAUGAUGGUUUGGGCGAGGGGUCUUCUUUGGCCUCGUCUAACCCACUGCUGGCAGUGAAAAAAGAUCACAUCAGCCCUGAGGACGAGACCAAGGACUCCUGCAGAGAUGGAGAGACGGAGUGUGGCACUCUUAAUGGAGCUGUGCUACAAGAGCACAAAGCUGACAAGGCCAGCCUAUAUAACUUCUCCAGACUGAAGAAAAGUAGGAAAUGGCUGAAGGGCAUCUUGCUGAGCGAUGACACCACAGACUCAGACAGCGACUCGGAUGAUUCCGACUUCACAAUGACACGGGAAGAGCUCCAGGACAUGCUGCGCCUGCACAAGUUCACCAGACUCCACCAGAGCAAGUUUCACUCUGACAGAGAACUGCAGCACUAUCAACACUACAGCACAGGCCUGCUGUCCACUCACGAUCCUUUCUAUGAGCAGCAGCGCCACCUACUGGGCCUGAAGAAAAAGAAAAUCAAGGAGGAAAAGAAAUGUAAGGCCAAGUUAAAAAAGAUGAAGAGGAAGAAGAAACGAGGAGAGGAGUUUUCUAUGGAAGGAAGGCAACACAUUACUAAAACAUUUGCCAAGUUUUCCCAUGAUGCACCACUUCCUAUGAUCAAAAAGAAGCACUUAACCAUUGAGCAGCUAAACGCUCGUAGAAGAAAAGUCUGGCUUACAAUUGCCAAAAAAGAAAUCCCAAAGGCAUUUAAACAAAAAGUCUCUGCAAGGAACUUUGUUUUAACCAAUGCUAGAAAGUUGGCCCACCAGUGUAUGCGUGAGGUCCGGAGGGCUGCCAUCCAGGCACAGAAGAACUGCAAAGAGACUUUACCACGAGCUCGUCGCCUCACCAAAGAGAUGCUGCUGUACUGGAAGAAGUACGAAAAGGUGGAAAAGGAGCACCGUAAACGUGCCGAGAAAGAGGCUCUCGAGCAACGCAAACUCGAUGAGGAGAUGCGGGAGGCUAAGCGUCAGCAGAGGAAGCUGAACUUUCUGAUCACACAGACGGAGCUGUACGCUCACUUUAUGGGUGGCAAGCAGAACGCUGGAGGAGACUGUACACAAGAGGAGAUCCUGCGCAAGUUGGAGGACAAUAGCUCCCAGCGGCAGAUCGACAUCGGUGGAGGAGUCAUGGUCAACGUCAGCCAGGAGGACUAUGAUAGUGAUUAUUACAAGUCUCAGGCCCUGAAAAACGCAAAAGAGGCAUACCAAAUCCACCAGGCCAGAACCAGGUUGUUUGACGAGGAAGCGAAGGACAGUCGUUGUGCCUCUCUGCACGCUGCUAGUAUGUCCGGCUCUGGCUUCGGUGAGAGCUACAGCUUAUCAAACCCUUCUAUUCAAGCAGGUGAAGACAUCCCUCAACCCACCAUCUUCAACGGCAAACUGAAGGGAUACCAGCUCAAAGGCAUGAACUGGCUGGCCAAUCUUUAUGAACAGGGCAUCAAUGGCAUUCUGGCAGAUGAAAUGGGGCUUGGAAAGACAGUCCAGAGCAUUGCUUUACUGGCUCAUCUGGCAGAGAGGGAAAACAUCUGGGGGCCGUUCCUGAUCAUCUCCCCAGCCUCAACACUCAACAACUGGCAUCAGGAGUUCUCCCGCUUUGUGCCCAAAUUCAAGGUGUUACCGUAUUGGGGAAAUCCUCAUGAUCGAAAGGUCAUCCGAAAAUUUUGGAGCCAGAAAACUCUGUAUACUCAGAAUGCACCAUUCCAUGUAGUCAUCACCAGUUACCAGCUAGUGGUGCAGGAUGUGAAGUAUUUCCAGCGGGUGAAAUGGCAGUAUAUGGUUCUGGAUGAAGCUCAAGCACUGAAAAGCAGCACCAGCGUUCGGUGGAAGAUCCUUCUUCAGUUCCAGUGCAGGAACCGCCUUCUGCUAACAGGGACGCCGAUCCAGAACACAAUGGCAGAGUUGUGGGCCUUGCUUCAUUUCAUCAUGCCAACGCUGUUUGACUCUCACGAAGAGUUCAACGAGUGGUUCUCCAAGGACAUCGAGAGUCAUGCUGAGAACAAAUCUGCUAUUGAUGAAAACCAACUUUCCCGAUUACACAUGAUUCUAAAACCCUUUAUGCUGCGCAGAAUAAAGAAGGAUGUGGAAAACGAACUCUCUGACAAGAUUGAAAUCUUGACAUACUGCCAGCUGACCAGCAGACAGCGACUCCUUUACCAGGCUCUGAAGAACAAGAUCUCUAUCGAGGACCUUCUGCAGUCUUCAAUGGGAUCGGCCCAGCAGGCCCACAGCACCACCAGUAGCCUCAUGAACCUCGUCAUGCAGUUCAGGAAGGUUUGUAACCACCCAGACCUGUUUGAACGACAGGAGAUACGCUCACCUUUCCACAUGUCCCUAAAGCCCUUCAUCAUGUCCAAAUUCCUCUUCCGACACGCAAUCCUUCACACAAUUGACCACGGAAAGACCAAGCUGAAACAGACGUUGCUCUCUCCGUUUUCUGCUCAACACAUUCAACAGUCCUUAUUUCACAGAAAAACUGACGAUGAAGCCAGCAGCUUUUCCUUCCUGCGUUUCAUCGACGUGUCUCCUGCCGAGAUGUCAAAUGUCAUGCUUCAGGGGACUCUAGUGAGGUGGUUAGCCUUAUAUCUUUCUUUCAAAUCAGCUUAUCGGCUCCACCACAGCCGUCAGUGGGAAGAAGAAAAGAUGAGCGAGGUUAAAGGGAGAGGCCGGUUAGAAAAGCUAUGUCUUUCGCACAGGGAUCUCAUCUUAUGGCUUAAUCGGCCAACGUCUUUCCCAAAUGUCCACAGCAGUCCUGUCCUACAGGAUCUGGUGUUCACAUCUACAGGGUCUUUAUCCAUCUGUCACACUGAUGCAGUGAUCCAUAGCAGACGCUCAUCCACUAGAACGCUCAGACAAUGCCAACCUACCCAACCACCCAAGUUUUUACUCGCCGUUACACCCAGGGUGACUUCAGUACCCCUGGAACGCUACUGUGCAGAUCGCAGCGCCGAGUAUGAAUGGAGGUUAAUGCGUGACGGGGGGAGUCUCAUUGCUAAGCAGUGCUUCCUGUACGGAUCCCCCGAGCUGGCAUGUGCUUGGGCUCAACGCUCUCAGUCUUUCCUCCCACCAAACCCAGGGGGCGUCAUGGCCCUGCAGCAGAGGCACGGCUGGUCCUUUAUAAGGAUUCCAGACAAAGAGUCUCUGAUCACAGACAGCGGGAAGCUUCACACUUUGGACUUGCUGCUGACUCGACUGAAGUCUCAGGGCCACCGAGUCCUCAUCUACUCGCAGAUGACCCGCAUGAUAGACCUUUUAGAGGAGUACAUGGUGUACCGCAAGCACACAUACAUGAGACUGGAUGGCUCGUCCAAGAUUUCGGAGCGGCGGGACAUGGUGGCUGACUUCCAGAGCCGGACGGAUAUCUUCGUCUUCCUCCUCAGUACCCGAGCCGGAGGCCUGGGGAUCAACCUGACAGCUGCAGACACGGUGAUCUUCUAUGACAGCGACUGGAAUCCUACUGUUGACCAGCAGGCCAUGGAUCGAGCUCACAGACUCGGACAAACCAAGCAGGUCACAGUCUAUCGGCUCAUUUGCAAAGGAACCAUUGAGGAACGCAUCCUACAGAGAGCCAAAGAAAAGAGUGAGAUUCAGAGGAUGGUGAUAUCAGGAGGAAAUUUCAAACCCGAUACCUUGAAGCCCAAAGAGGUGGUCAGCUUGCUGCUGGAUGAUGAGGAGCUUGAGAAGAAAUUGCGUUUGCGGCAAGAAGAGAAAAGGCAGCUGGAGGAAAGCAGUAAGGUGAAAGAGAGGAAGAGGAAAAGAGAGAAAUAUGCAGAAAGGAAGAGGAAGGAGGACGACCCAGAGUCGAAGAGGAAGAAGGAAGGUGUGAAUAUGGUCAUCCCUUAUGUCCCGUCUGCAGACAACUCUAACCUUUCGGCAGAUGGAGAAGACUCCUUUAUCAGUGUGGACAUGGACUCUGCCAUACCUAGUCCUUUCAGUGAGAACUAUGUGUCUCUGCAGAUCUCAUUGAGCAGCGAGCUUCAGCCCAGCUCCAUUCCUGCAGACGAGAGCAGCAGCGACAUGCUGGUAAUUGUGGAUGAACCUGUAUCUUCUGCUCAACAGUCCCGUGCCACCAACUCUCCCGCCUCCAUCGCCGGCUCUGUCUCAGAUACCAUGAAUGGUGUCUCUUCUCAAGAUAUAUCCAGUCCAGGCAGGGGAAGGUCUAACCGGAGUCGAGGACGACCUAAAGGCUCUGGAGGUGCUGGAAAAUCAUCUGUGAGGAAGGGAAGAGGAAGGAAGUCGACCGCGGGCAGUGCUGCAGCUAUGGCGGGAGCGAUGGCAGGAGCAGCAGCCGCUUCUGCAGCUGCGUAUGCCGCAUACGGCUACAGUGUGUCUAAAGGUAUUCCAGCAAGCGGCUCCUUACCAACGGCUCUCAUACGGUCUUCAACCACACCUACCUUUGUUCCAGCUGGCACCUCCUCACCGCAGGCUAAAAGCAGCGCUGUGGCCACCAACUCACAGACUUUAGCACAUGGCAGUUCGCAAAGCCAACACAACCCUACUAAAAGAGGCAAAAUCCCCAGCAACCACAGUGGACGGUAGCAGCCUGGGAAUGUUUGUUUGCGUUCUGAUUGUAGCAUGGCCAGUAUAUUUUCAGUCCCAUGUCGACGAUUUUCUUGCUUAUGAUGUUGAGCCGCUAUCAAACCACAAGCCCUAAUGCCACUGUGAAACCCGACCUGAUGCCCAUCAUGAUUUUGCAUUCUUUUAUGGACUGGAGAGCAGAAUGCGAGGUCACACUUUACUUAACAGCAAAAACAAGUCAUUUUUUCCCUUGAUAAUUCAGAAUCUGAGGUUUAGCUAAGUUUAUGCAGAAAUGGUGAUGGAGUUCAUUAUUCCAGUGACUGCUUUUUUUUUUUAUAAAGUUUUCAAGACCAUGCAAGGAGCAACAGGGCCAUUCAGAUCAUUGUUAUGAGCAGAGAUGAGAUGGUGACAAAGGAGGGAUGUUGGUUAUUGAACGCCCUCUUGAACAAAGUCUUUACAUUUUACACACAUUUGAAAAGAUCUGUUAUUUUUGUAGGACAAACUUGUUGACGUUUGUUCAAUUCAAAUACCGAAUGGCCUUCUCUUUCUAUGUUUAUUUGCUGCAAAUUCAAAGAGUUUGGCCUAAAUACUACUAUAUAUAUAUAUAUAUAUAUAUAUAUUCAUUCUCUUGGGAAGAAUAAAGAAAUCAAUGUGUUUUGUAGUAAAUGCAAUGGAGAAAAAAAAAAGUCUGAAGUGAGCGCUGCUCAAAAAACACGUCACUGCUCAGAUUUGUGACUUAAAAACUUGGAUAUGAAAUGUAUUAUAGCUUAAGUUAAGACUUGGUAAUUUAUGAUCUGUGCUGGGUGUAAAUUGUAUCAAAGCGGUUUUUAUUUUUAAAUAACAAUGAAAAGUUCAUGAUUUGUUGCAUAUAGUUAUGGUUUUUGAAGGCCAUUUCUGGGUUCAUUUUGUCUUUAAACGUGAUGAUGUUAUAUGUAUGUAAAUACUUAAAGGGUUUCGUCCCUUUCAAAGUUCUCCCAUUUUCCCUCAAUUGCUUGUCUAUUUUUAUAGGUCAGUGUACAUACCUGAAGAAAUGCCCAAAUGAUUCUUUUACUAACUUGGGGGGACAAAAGCCCUAAAUAAACAUUAAUUCAAUGAUUCGAAA